ACCCUAGUAUCAUUUUGAUUGUAAAGAAAAAGCAAUGUUAAUGUAUUUUUUCUAUGAAAGAAAUCAAGUUAAAUAAAAUCCAAUAUAUUUUUUGUAAAAUUUGUGCAAGACAUAUUUUAUUUUACACUUUUAUACAAUGGAGGUUAUGGACUACAGUGAAGAAACACCACAAAUGGAAGGUGCGGAAGAAGAUCGUUCUGAAGAAUCUGAUAAUAAUGAUAUAGCUGAUAACAAUGAUAAUGCUGAUAAUAAUGUGGAAACUGAAGUCCAAGCAGACGAGAUAAUGAUGCCUGUGUCCCAGCCAGUGCGUGCCAAGAGUUUGUUACGCGCAAACUUAGAAAAUUCUCGCGGACGACUUUUGCAAAGCAGAAUGCCAAACAUCAAAGUCUUCAGUGGCACGUCGCAUCCAGAUUUGGCUCAGCGCAUAGUCGACAGGCUCGGUAUAGACAUUGGAAAGGUUGUCACUAAGAAAUUCAGCAACCUCGAAACAUGCGUGGAGAUAGGAGAAUCCGUUCGUGGAGAAGAUGUAUACAUUGUACAAAGUGGAAGUGGAGAAGUAAAUGACAAUUUGAUGGAACUGUUGAUUAUGAUCAAUGCGUGCAAAAUUGCAUCUGCAUCACGUGUAACAGCAGUAAUUCCUUGUUUCCCAUAUGCAAGACAAGACAAAAAGGACAAGGGUGGUGAUGGAGGUGACAACUCAAAUUCUAAGAAUCAAAUUGUCAUGAAGUCAAACGAGUGGAAAUUCAGGAGUCGUGCACCUAUUUCGGCAAAAUUAGUAGCAAACAUGCUGUCGGUAGCAGGAGCUGAUCACAUCAUCACAAUGGAUUUGCAUGCUAGUCAAAUUCAAGGCUUUUUCGACAUUCCAGUUGACAAUUUGUUUGCCGAACCAGCUGUCUUGAAAUGGAUUAAGGAAAACAUUAUUGAAUGGCGAAACAGCAUUAUUGUUUCACCAGAUGCUGGCGGUGCUAAAAGGGUAACGUCUAUCGCUGACCGCUUAAAUGUCGAGUUUGCGCUUAUACACAAAGAAAGAAAGAAGGCAAACGAAGUUGCUAGUAUGGUAUUAGUUGGAGAUGUGAAGGACAGAGUUGCCAUUCUAGUAGAUGAUAUGGCUGACACAUGUGGCACUAUUUGCCAUGCAGCGGAAAAACUCCUGGAAGCUGGUGCAACAAAAGUCUAUGCAAUUUUGACGCACGGCAUCUUCAGUGGCCCGGCAAUCAGCAGAAUUAAUAAUGCAUGCUUCGAGGCUGUUGUAGUAACGAAUACCAUUCCUCAAGAUGGUCAUAUGAAGGAUUGUCCGAAAAUACAGUGCAUUGAUGUAUCAAUGAUGUUCGCUGAAGCUGUAAGGCGGACUCACAAUGGUGAAUCUGUAUCGUACCUGUUUUCGAAUGUACCGUAUUAGAUACAACUCUGUCUGGUAUUGUACUCUAUGGAACUGUGUAAGAAGAAUUGUAUUCUUUUUACACCUGUUUACUGUUAUUCAUAGCUCAGUUUAAACUAAUUUGCCUACAGGAAAAAUUUUCGAAAUAAGCACUCGUAUGCUAUUUUUAAAUUGAAAACCAUAUGUGCUCCUCUUUUUUUUUUUCUUGUUUUGAUUUUUGAUAGACGUGUAGGAAGUGAGACAUUAGGUAGAUAAAAUGUAUUGUCUAUUUUGAACAGAAGUAAGUUGAUAAUUAAUAGAUACGAACAAGAAUCCUCAGAAUGAAAUUGUUUAAAGAUAAUAAAAUUUUUUGCUAGGCUGCUCAUUAAAAUGCAGAAUAUAUUACUAUUCCGUUUAGAGUAUAGUUAUUAUGUCGUUUAAUUUAGGAUGGUAUAUUCACAACGUUAAAUGUGAAGUAUAUCUGUUAUCGCGGUAUGAAAUGACACUGCAUUUAUCCUGAUUAUCUAAUUCAGGAUAGAAAGUAUUGCCAUGGAUGCAUACAGCAUUCGUGCAAAGCAACUACGCCAUUAGAGGCAUAUCUGAUUUUUACAGACAUGUGCAGAAGGUUUGCAAUAUCGAUGUAAAAUUUUUCACACGGUAAUUACAAAGUGUCGAGAAGACUCUAGCUUUUACAAUUCUAAUGUGAUGUGAGUACCGUAUUUUAAUACAUUGCGUCUACUACAUCGUAUUCAAUAAGAAGAUAAUGUUGAAAAGGCAUAUUUUUUUCGACUAUCUUUUUACGACCACAACUUUUACGAAAACAAAAAUGCGCUAUUUAUACAAACGUAUUUCUAUUGCCGAAAAUAAUCUGUCCUCGUUUAAUAGAGGAAUCUGACUUUACAGUCAUCUACUCAGCUUCGGACCAAUAUAAUAUGAAAAUAUAAGUCAAUAUACAUACAGCAUUGUUUAUGUGCAAACUUUUCUUAAUUCGAUAAAAAAAAGAAAUGCCACCUGUUAAUCAAUUGAGU